AAAGAAGAUAGAGAAGAAGAAGAAGAAGAAGAAGAAAAAAAAAAAAGAAAGAAAACAGCGGGAGAGGAAAAAGAAUUGUUUGGUAAUAUCGAUUGUAAAUCAAGAAAACUGUUUCGAUCAAGAAAAGAGGAUCUUAGGCGUCGUAGUGAAAAUACAAUUAAAAUUAAGUCCGACGGAGUAUCAAAGUUUACAUGCCUCGCACCGAUCUUCUGACGUUUAGGUGGCACGAAAGUUCGUCACCGAUCCGAUUCAUCAUCGAGUUCUAAGUUUUCCGAGGAGGGGAGCGAAAAAGUCGUCACGGUGUGUGGAUUAGGGCGAAUCCUCGGCUACAUCGGCGGACGACCGUCGGUGGGGGCCGCCACUAUGUCACAGUCCGGAUCAGGAGGCUUAACCGGAUCACAGGGUCAAACUAGUCAAAACGGGCAAACGAUGGAAAAUCAACAGACAGAUUGCCACCAAAAUGGCCGGGUCGAUCCACCGACAGAUACUACAAAACAGGACCUAUCCAAUGGUUUUGAGAAUCGAACCUUGGAUUACGAGCGAUUUUCCCAAGAGAGAAAUCAACAGGGACAAACAACCGUACAGAAUCAAGAUCAACAACAACAACAACACCAACAACAACACCAACAACAACAACAGCAACAACAACAACAUUCGCAGCCGCAACAGCAACAGCAUCCACAGCCGCAACAGCAACAGCAAGUUCAACAGCAAUCACAGCAAGUACAGCAGCAAUCGCAGCAAGAUCAACAGACUGGACAAUAUCCGUCUGGAAGAAGACAAUCUGUUGUAGGAGUACCAGAGGAUAGACAUCCUCCUACGGGUCAAUUACCUCCUCAGCAAUACACCGUGGAUAAAACAAAUCCCGAAAGAGUCCAGCACGUUUCUCAAACCAGCACGCAAACCGUCCCGGUACAAGCUCAACCUCAAUUUGCUCCGGACUAUGAGCAAAGUCAAUAUCCACAAAUACGAGGUCAAUUUGAUGUUAGGUCGCAGAUAUAUCCUCAGCAAGCUCAGUACGCAGAGAGGGCCGGUUAUGUAACCAGAGACAUUACGUAUAGAGAUCCAGCGCUAUAUGGUCAAAGCACAGUUGCCAAUCCUAUGUUCGCGAGUCAAAGUCAGUAUGUUACCGUCCAACACGGAACACAGAUACCCUCUCAGUCGGCUAGUCCACAACCACCUUACUUUGCGAGCGUUGUGGUACCUCAACCACCUGGAUAUACACAAUUUGGUAGCCAACCUCAAUAUCCGUAUAGCCAGUAUCCUCAAACUGUUAUGAAUGCGGUGCCAUACAAUCCCCAUACAGGCAUCUAUCAAGCUCAACAAUUCGGCCAACAAUCGCCCAAUCCACAGAGAUUCACUCAAGAGCUGAGCCAAUAUCAAACGCAACCGAUAAUUCAACCGAUCGCUCAAAAUGUUGCUCAUGGAAUAGCAAUCGCUACGACUGAAAGGCCAAGUCGUGGCCCAAAGCCGAUGGUACCACCCCGUGGAAAUUCAAAAAUCACACAUGAUACAGGACACAGAAAAUCGGCUAGCGUCGACGUACCGGCAUUGCAAAAAGUUAAAUACGAAUCGCAGAAUCCCCCUCAAGAUCAGAUUCAUCGUAGCGAAGGUGCCAUAAUCGUACAAGGAUCGCAAAUUGCUACAGGUGAAACGCAAGAAAGGAGAUAUCUAACUACGAUAAACCAGAAUCCUAGAACAAGGCAGGACGGUCUCUAUGUGGACGCAAAUGGUGAUCAAACGGUACGGGAGAAGGUCGUAGAUAAUAUCGGAACGGAGUGUGGUUUGUAUGUUUCUAAAUCGGAGCACAGAAAGUCCAUAUCCGUUGACGUUACAACGAGUUUUCAAAGACGCAACGAUACUAUCACUUUUACGUUUCCCGGUGAUGGAAAUCAAGAUAUGGCUGUACCAUCCAGAAAGCCAACGGUUAUAGAACCAAAACGAGUCGAGGGUACGCAGGUAUUUCCACCUGAUCAGAGAAGAUUGGACGCGAGCUUAAGAGUUUCACCUAUGGCGUUUGAUUCGAGACAAGAAAAUCGGAAAAGUGUGGCCACCGAAAGAAAGGCAGAUUGGGGCAAUGUGAGUCCGAAUCAAAGAGUUGUCAUACCGCAAGAAAGCAGACGAUCGGAUUAUUUCGAAGAACAUAGACGAUCACCGAUGAAUUUGGAAGGUAAAAGAGUGGAAGAUGUUAGAAGAUCACCAAUGCCUUUCGUUCCGAUUCGAGAUACAUCUGCCGAUCGGGCAAAUCAGAAAAGUCCAUCGUUUGUUAAUCAAAACUUCGAGAAGACCAGACAAGAAUUAGCGAUGUGGGCCGAACAAAGGCAACGUCAAGAAUUAGAGAGGAGCAUGAUGCAGAAUCAAAUAUUUUCUACUAGUCCGCGAUCUCGUAAUCAAUCCGAGGAAAGAAGAGAAUCUCGAUCUUCACAUCCAUCCGAAGAACGUAAAGAAACUAGAAUGUCGCAAUCUGCUUUUCAACCGUUGCCGAACAUCAGUCAAAGUACUAUAAUGGAACAGCGUCGUCAUUUACGACACGUAAGUGCUGACUUAACAAAACACAUGGAAUUGUCUCGAAAAGAUUUCGAUGAUCAACCGAUCAGUGGUUCUGUAGCUAAUCUUGGACCAGGCACUGCGAGUACUGUUUCAUCACAAAGAGCCAGUCCAAAUCUUUGUCAUCAGUAUCCAGCAUUGAGCGAAGCCAAAUUAGACACUAAGGCCGUAUUAACAGUAGUCACCGAUUUCGGAGAGUCUAAUACAACUAAACAAAGCGAUCAAGUCGAUCAUAUAAUACACAGUCACAGAAAGAGUCACAAUAUCUCUUCGAGUUUAUUAACUCAUAGCAAAAGUCAAACGGAAUGCUUACAGAGUCAGCUUGAUUCCCAAAGUGAAAAAUCGGAUUCCCUUCAGGCCCAACAACAACAGUUACACAAUCAGCAGAGUCUCGAUUUGAUUUCGGAGAAGCUAAGCCAGUUUGAACGUCAACAGAGCGACCUUCAAGCUAAACUGCAAUGUCUUCAGAAUCAAAAUCAAAUCUUAGAUAAGGUCGCUCAAUUUCAGCAUCAACAGAGCGACUUACAGGCACGAUUACAAAGUUUGCAAACGCAGAAUCAAAUCGGUGAUAAGAUUCAGCGACAAUCUACGGAAAUUCAACAGCACACCGUUGGAAAUGACGUACACCAAAUACAAAUGAGUCCUUUAUGCAAUCAUCAAGAUCAUUUGGAGAAGACACCCUCUUUGUCUCAGAAUCAACAUCAGGUGGUGCACAGCCACCAUCACAGUUUACUGACCACCACGUAUCCGCAAAGCUCGAGCCUUCAAGCUUGCCCGUCGUCCGUUUGUGAGAAACUAUCUCCACGUAUCCAACACGAUGUCAAUGAUCCGAAUUCCAUUCAGAUACCUAACAUGUCACAGAUGCCACUUCCUUGUCUCCCACAGUUCGAUCGUGCUGAUACGUCGCGUGGUUCGUUCUCGCAGUUUCAUCGACAUCAGUGUCAAAUCGACAGUCACGAUAGUACAUCAGCGACAUCGGCUGGGGGAGUUGUUGUCGGUACCGUUGGAGUCAGUGGAAGCAUCGUUGGUGGUACUACUACAACGAGCACCUUUACCGGGACCCUCAAGAAAGUUCCACCAGAGAAGCCACCGAGACAGUCCUUGACCGUGCAGUCUCCGGAAGCAGAGAGUAACAGAAGCCAGCCAGCGAUCGGACUAAAGCAGACACCAAAAGCACGGCCGACGAUUUUCGGGACAGUCGCCUCGGACCUGAAUCCGAAGGAUGGCAACAGUCGAAGGAGCUUACCGCAAACUCCAGCCGGUGGUGUCGGUGGAAAAGGUGGAGGAGGUAGUGGCGUUCCUGGUUCUGGCAUGGUCAAUGGUGCUGGUGCUGAUCAUCAGGAUAUUCGCGACGGUGCAGCUAUAAAUACCGAACACGCUCUAGUGUACCGAGACGGAAACUUAGUUUCUGGAUCCUUGGAAGCAUUAGUGCAGCACAUGGUACCAACCGAGGAAUAUUAUCCCGAUCGUGCUUACCUCUUUGCCUUUUUGCUAAGUGCAAGGCUCUUCAUCAAACCGCACGAGCUAUUGGGUGAGGUUUGCGCCCUUUGCGAACAUCAGCAAAAUCUGAAUGGAGAAGGCGGCAAGGAACGACUACACCGUUUCGUGCCCCGACUGGUGCAGCUGUUGGCAGAAUGGACGGAGACUUUCCCGUACGAUUUUCGGGACGAAAGGGUGAUGGGUCACGUCAGAUCCAUCACGCAGAAGGUCGCUGCGGUCGACGCGGCCGCGCGACAGGAAGUUUCGGCCUUGCUUCAAAACUUACUUCUCAGGCUCACAGCCCUCGAGAGGUACGAGGAGGGCCUAGCGAGAUUGGCCACCGAGGCGGCGACUGAACAGCUCACGCAGGUGGACAUCACCGAGCUUUGCCCCUCUGCUACAGUACUGGCACAACAAUUGACCCACGUGGAACUCGAGAGGCUCUCUUACAUCGGCCCCGAGGAAUUUGUCCAAGCAUUCGCUAAGGAAUCUCCCCACUUGGAAACAUCUUUCAAGGACAUGAAAAAGACUCGGAAUCUUGAGUCUUAUGUCCAAUGGUUCAAUCGAUUGAGUUAUUUCGUAGCGACCGAAGUAUGCAAGCACGCAAAGAAGAAACAACGCGUGCGCGUCGUAGAAUAUUGGAUAGAGACCGCUCGAGAAUGCUUUAAUAUCGGCAACUUCAACUCACUGAUGGCGAUCAUUGCCGGUCUGAAUAUGUCUCCAAUAUCGCGGCUGAAAAAAACGUGGUCAAAAGUACAAUCGGCCAAGUUCUCAAUCCUAGAACAUCAAAUGGAUCCUAGUAGCAAUUUCAGCAGCUAUCGUAGCACCUUAAAGGCAGCAAUGUGGCGUAGCGCCGGCGCUACGGACGAACGUCAACGAAUCGUUGUUCCCUUCUUUAGCCUGCUAGUCAAGGAUCUAUACUUUCUCAACGAGGGCUGCAGCAACAAACUACCAAACGGACACAUUAAUUUUGAGAAAUUUUGGCAGCUAGCAAAACAGGUAACGGAAUUCAUCGCCUGGAAACAAGUAGCUUGUCCGUUUGAAAAGAAUCCACGAGUUAUAGCCUUUUUACAAGCGAGUCCUGUAUUAACCGAAAAUGCAUUGGCUCUAGCAUCAUUCGAGUGUGAACCACCCGAUAACAAUCCUGAGAAGGAACGUUACAAAGCUUUAAAGUCUGAAAUGAACACCCAGUGAAAACAAGAUUCGCUGCAACAUGUCGAACAGGAACGCUACUGAUAAAGAAUAGUAUCAAUUUAUAUGUAUAUAUGUGUAUACAUUUAUAUAUAUAUAUAUAUAUAUAUAUGUAUGUAUGUAUGUAUGUAUGUAUAUAUAUAUAUAUGUAUACUAUUAUAUAUAUAUACACAUAUACAAACACAUUUAUAAAUAUUAAUAUAUUCGUAACGAUAUCCAUUUAAUCUCCUGCGAAAGGAGACUGUGUUCUCGGUGCAAGAAGUGAAAAGAAAAAAAAAAGAAGGAAGAAGGAAAGAAAGCGAAAAGGCAAAAGAAGAGAAGAGAGAAAAAUGAGAAGAUAAACGACGGAUUUAAAGUAUUAAACGGAAUAAGCUACAUCAGAUGUAGACUCGUCGUUCCGUGAUUGCGCUUGCGAUUAAAAAUUGCCCUAUAGUGAGAUCUCGCGUUGUUAAAAAUCGAUUAAGCAUCUGCUUGACCCGUAUAGUCAUCGGCAAUGUUAAAAUGAAGCUUGCCCGACCUCGAUGCGAUACGGAUGAAAAUGUAAUCCUUCGGGUAAUAUUUCUGACGGCCGUGGUAGGCCAUCGACAAGAGCAUACGUAUGAACGUAUCGAGCAGUUCGCGAUUAAAAAGCAAGGAAAAAUAAGGUAUGGCUCGAUGAGCGAGCGAUGUAGGCCAACGUUGGUCGGCAAAAUCGAUUCGUAAAAUGAUUUUUGACGAUUGCAGAUGACGAUGCGGCUCGCGAGAUCGAAUAAACUGGCUGUUCUUUGAAAUCGGAUUUCGGGACUAGUCUGGUCUUUAAUUUAAAAAAGAUUAAAAGAGAAAGAGAAAGAGAAAGAGAGAGAGAGAAAAGAUAAAAGAAAAAAAGCAGAAAAAAAGGAAGAAAAGAGAUUUCCCUUCUGUUCUUGAACGAAGGACGACGAUCGGCUUCGAGCGAAACGAAUCGAUACUCGGAUAACUAUUUAUGUAAUGUAUAUGUACGAACGGAAUAUUCGCUCGGACAAUAUCGCGCGUGAACAGUAAGUAUAGUUCCUAAGUCCGAGGCACGUACCGGCUGUAUCUCGAAAGUUCUUCGAAUAUCCUUUCCGUUUUUCAAUCGUUAUAGGAAAGAGAAUGAUGAAAGAUCGACGUAUCGUAAUGAGAAGUAUAAUCGGAGCAUUCUCGAGAGACGAUCCGUGACAUAGCCGAUUCUUUUGUAUAUAGCCCUUUUGAUAUAACGCUAAACGGACUCCUAAGUGUCAGAUGUAGGUUCGUUCCUGUAGUCUCUAAGUUCAAAUAUAGUAUCAUAGAUAUCCGAUAAGAAAAAAAAGCCACUAUGAUCAUCGUGCCCGUACUUAAAGUUAUAUAAGAGAAGAGAAGAAAAUGGGGGCGGGAGAAAGAGAAAAAAAGAGAAAAAAAAAGAGAGACGAUGCGAAGGUCGAAAGAACUCGUACGUGGUAGGAUUGAUGGUAUUUGCAAAUUACUACAAACAUGAUCGACGUUCAAUAAAUGAAUCGUUUAAUAUCGUUCUCCGACACGCUUAACGUCUUGCAAAAUUAAUUCGAAAAUACAUUUUUAUGAGUAACGUAUCGAUCGGGAAAGGUGAAAAGGGUGUUAUAACGAUAGGAAGAUUCGAUCAAACGUUUGAUCAAGUCAACGAUAUCGACUUUUGCGAUCUUAAAACGGAGAAAGAAAGUCAGAUCACGAUUUUGCUAAUAUCCGGCGUUGUUUUCCUUCUUUGCCUGCAUGAACUCGAGAGCACGAAAGAAAAACCUUCUUAAAAUAUUUAGGGACCAAGAGUUCGCUUCUCCUGGGUAUAUAGCACAAUCCAAGUAAAAAGAAAAGAAAAAGAAAAAGAAAUGGAAAAAAAUAAACAAAGAAAAAGAGGACAAAUAUUGUGAAAACGAUGGAAGGAAAGUAAAGGAAAAAUUAUUCAAAUGAAGUCACGACGAUCUAAUAACGUUUUAACUGCCGUCACGAAAUUGCCGAAUUAAGAACAGAUGUUAAAAGGAUGAAGAUCUUGAAAAGUCCAUUACGAUUAAUAGACGAAUACGAACCGAGAGUCUAUACAAAGAUCGCGUAACAAAGAAAGUAUAAAUUAAUCGAUCGAAUCGCCAAAAUCCGUGAGUCAUCGAACGCUAUGGACACUUGCCAUUCUUAAAUUACUCAAUAAAUUAUUAUAUAUUUGAUUUUAUUUUCAUCGAACGUAUAUAUGUAUGUAUGUACUACGAUUCACGCGUUGUUUCCAUUACGUUCCUAACAAAAUAUUAAUAAAAAAUAUGAUCUUCAUCCUACAAAAUAGAAACGCAUGAAAGUACAUUACUACGAGAUAUAGCGAUCUUUGUAAUAAAACAUAAUUAAAAAGAAAAAAAAAAAAAGAGAGAAAGAGGAAGAGGAAGAGGAAAUAACCGUACAUCGAGAAAAGCGAAAUUCUUGAAAAAACAUUUAUAAAGAUAUAUCAUUAUAAUAUGAUAUCGCAUAAAAUAAUGGAAACGAUAAAUAUAUUAUGGCAUUCAUCAUAACAUAAAUGACAGUAAAUAUACGAUUAUAUACGUACGAGUUCUGUACGAUAAGCAGUAACGAUAACGAAUUUUUCGAGGUAGAUAUCGUUUUUCGUUAUUCGUCCCGUUGGAUAUUAUCAAUUUUAUCAUCGUCGUCUCGAAAACAAUGCACUUUAACACAAAAACUGUGAAACGUAGAUCUAACGAAAAAAAAAAAGAAAAA